UAUCAGUGGAGCGAUUUGGAAGCUCAUGCUGAACACGUAAUUUCCACCUAGUGCGUGUAAAUAAACUUGCGUUCUUCUUAUUAUCUGCCGUUGCUUUCAAUGCGAUCGAUUAGACAUUGUUGUUGUCGUCGUUACGACGCGAGUGCGAUACAAGCGUAGAAUAAGUGUAAGAGCUGGAAAGGACAAGGACCUAGUAUACAUAGCAACGAACUCGUGAAGGUUCCAGGCCAAGGACGAGUCGAACGGAGUUUAGAGGAAGGCUGCUAGGGGUUUCUCGUUGGAUGAGAAAGGCUAAUGCUAGUGGCUUUGGUGAAUGUACGCGGAUUGAGGCCAACGGGGGUUGGCAGAGACUGAUUUCGUCAACGGGCUACCACUAGAAGGGGUGGUUUGCCUUGCGUGUCAAUACACAUCAAUGAUUCAGUUGCGAUGUCAACCAUGGAACCUCAGUUUAACCAGCGUGAUCGUUUUGGCACUGUCCAAUAUGCUGCUGACCUUCUUACUACUACAAUCGGAAACUUGCACGCAGAAUUCGAUAGGUCGAGAACUCGAGAUAAAUGCCGCCACGGACUGGAAUCUCGGUACCCUUCUCAAGGAGCAACAGGAAGAGUGUGCGACGCGGGAUUAUCGACAUACGACAGUUGACAGGCUAAACCUCGACGUGAGACUAGGCAGAUGGGAUGCCCGUAGGCUUUUCAAAACGUUCGAUUCGAUCUUCGUCGGGUCUAGAUUUUCUGAGCUUUCGCAGACGUAUCGAGUUUGUCUUGCCACGCAGAGUUCCAUCGAGAAGUUGUACUCGAUUGUUGAAGUGGCUCAUCAAUGGACCGGUUCAAUGUCUGUUGCUUUGUACGCCGCGGGCGACGAGGAGUUCGAAGUUCUACAAAAAUAUUUGCUUUAUCUUAAAAAGUGUUACGAACCUGUACGCGAAAGGAUAUCCUUUUCCUUGGCCGUGCCAAGGGUCAAACCACUCAAGAAGCAACCCCGUACCUUUGCCCUGCCCGACAUCGUUGAUUGUGCCAAACCGGAAGCUACCCUUAACGAACUCAUGUCUGGUAUUUCCGUCGAGCAAACGAACUGGAGAACGCGAAACGUUUAUCCUCAGAAUCACUUACGGAAUCUAGCUAGGAAAAAUUGCCAAUCCGAUUACGUUUUCUUAACGGACGUCGACAUCGUACCAAGCCUCAAUCUCACUAGUGCUUUAGACGACUUCCUUAGGAAUGAGAACUGUGACAAGUGCGCCUACGUCAUACCCACGUACGAGCUGGACUCGCGCGUCAGAUUUCCAUCGAAUAAAUCAGACUUGGUCAGACUGGCGAGAAAAGGUCUCGCUAGACCCUUUCAUCAAAAGGUUUUCAUCCACAAUCAAUUUGCCACGAACUUUACGAGAUGGGUGUUCGACGUAUCACCAACUCACAAGAAUUACGAGAACAUAAGAAACGGCAAGAUUUACGUGAGUCACGAAGUGACAAAUUUCGAAUUCCUUUACGAACCGUUCUACGUGGCAAAGGAUACUGCGCCAGCUCACGACGAAAGAUUCAUGGGAUAUGGAUAUACGAGAAAUACUCAGGUUUAUGAGAUGUUUGUGGCUGGCUAUCAAUUUAAAGUACUCUCGCCUGUAUUUACUGUACAUUGGGGCCUGCAGACGAGAAAAAGUAGACCUUCCUGGCGUGAACGACAAAACAACGCUAAUAGAAAAUAUUUUGACAUGUUUAAGACAGAAGUUUUUGCUCGUUAUUUGCGAGAUCCCUUAAAUAUGAUGAAAGAAACAGAAUGACGGAAACAUCAUCGGGAAAUCCGUUAAAUUCGUUACUAUUUACCGUCCUUUUGAACGACGUAGUUUAAUACAAACAAACUUGAGAAUUCAGUUUUGUUGGCUUAAAAAAAACUCUUUCAUAUCUGUACUAUUUACAUUUAUAUGUUUACACAUACACGCGGGCGCGCGUACACAUAGACAAUAUUUUGAGAAAUUCAUUAUUGCUUGACCUUCUUUUAUUUAUUGCGAACAUCGUGAAUCAUUUCUCGACGUACCGUUGAGAUGGAAACAUCUUAAAUAAAGUAGACCGUCGGAAGAUUUCGAAGAUUAAGAAGUAUUACAAAUUAGUCUUAUUUUAAGCGUUUAAAUAUCAUCGUUAAGAAAUUAUUUAUCGCGAGUUUCAAGUUAUAAAAGAGCGUUCAAGAAGCUUUAUCGAUCGCGAGAGAUAGAACGAAAAGCAGUUUUGAAUAGAUCAAUGAAACGUUAAUAAUUUCUAUAAUUAGAAGAUGGUAUUUAACGUAUUUUCCAGUUCAUCGAUUCGUCCUUAAGUGGCCAAUCGCCGUAUCUUGGCUCUUGUUACUUCCACUCACGAUUUUCCAACAUCGUCAGAGACUGCCACGCGGGAUCACGGAAUAAAUAUCUUUCUUCUAAGUUUCGUAGCACGUACUCGUGCACAAGGAGGAGAAUGAGUCGGGAGCUAAGUGAACGUACCUCGUUAGCUGUCUAGCUUCUAGAGGGUAGACGGCGUAUAAAUUCAGAAAUCGAUACGUUGAAAACGAUCUCUCUCUUUCUCUCUCUCUCUGUCUCUUUCUCGCUCUUUCUCUUUGCUCUUUUUAAACAUCGUCGAAAGAGCAACGGAAGAUAAGUUUAUAAUUAAGGGUUGAUAAUUUACAUCGUUCCGUGCACGAUUCCGUCGUAUAAACAAAAUUUUAAUGAAUUUCGUAACAUCGAUAAGCGUGUGUUUCAUUUAUAUGGCCACCUUGAUAACUUAACUCUGUUAAUCUUAAACAAUUAAAGUUCUAAGUUUGACGAUCUUAUGUUGUUAUAUAUGUAUGUUUUAUACAUACAUACAUACAUACAUACAUACAUACAUACAUACAUACAUACAUACAUACAUACAUACAUACAUAUAUAUAUAUAUAUAUAUAUAUAUAUAUAUAUAUGCCUAUAUACGAAGAAUGUGCUAACGGAUGAAAAAACGAAAGUUAAUUUAUAAUAUUUUAACGGCCUGAAUUUUCGUGCCGAAGUGAAAUUGAAUUUUUUUCUUUUGGUGGAAGAUAACAAAUUAACGCCAUUAAAAUAAUGAUUAAACAAUUAUCUUUGCUUUCUAAAAUAAAACGUAGAGCUGCCAAUUGUACGACCGUUCUUUUUCGUUAAAUCAUCGUGAAAUUCUUACGGUUGAUGGAGACCUUUUGAUAUUACUAUUAAAGAAAUUUCUUUUCUUUUUAUUAUUUUCUUAUUAGAAUCACCAUCGCCAUUAGAUAAUUAAUUGUUUCUCACGUUUCAUUCUCGAAUGAUCGAUGAAUCCAUCAUUAUUAUCGGAUCAUGUACGUAAAGUCACAGCCUUGAAAUGCAAGGCACUUUUAAAAUGUAAAAUUUAAAUUUACGUACAAGAGAUGUUAUAAGAGGGUAUACAGAUAAACAAGAAAAAUAUAAUAAAGAAUUGUGACGUAUACGAAGAGAGAUUUAUAAUGAUUUUAAUAAUUUUCUUUCUUUUCAGCUUCAUCCAAUUAUACUAUAUAAUUUAAUUAAUAAUUUAAUUAAAAUUUAACAGCGAUAACCUUAUUAUUUAAUUGAAUAAAUUAUAAUAUCAACAAUGAUAUUUUCCUUUAUAAGUAAUAAAUGGAACUGUUUAAUAAUAUAAUGGAAUGUUGAAAUUCCUGAUCGAACCACUUUUAUGGCUUAUGUACAUACGUCUUAGUUUAACAAUGUAUAUUUACAAGUAUCCUAUCUCGUAAUGGAAAGCUCAAGGAGGGUAUGAGAUUUGUCAUCCUACUUUAUCGUUGUUAUCGUUUCUUGUCGAUGUAACGCAUCGACGAGAUGGAUUAAGCGUUACAUUGAUUGCGAUGUGAAAGCACGUCUCCCUGCAAGAAAAUUAUGAAGAGGUUGAUAUUGGCAGAAGUAAAGUGUCAUGUAAAGUAUAUAUGUAUCUAUUAAAAAAGGACAAAAUUUUUUUGUAAAU